AUGGCGUGGUCAACACGUAACAACUCAACUAUCCCGGAGGCCGCAUUGCCGUGGUCCAAUGUCGAGUUGGAGAAUUGGAGUACCGAGUAUCUCCAUCUCAAACAGCCCGAAGCUCUUUUCAUUCCUCCUUCGUCUGGUUUAUCUAUCACCACGAGGAUGCCCACUGCUCGACCUCUUCCACACAACUAUCAGCUGCAGCUUCCCUCCACACAGUUCCCAUCCACACCGGUUGCCUUUGGGACUAUGCUCUCUCCUACUCCUUCGUCAUCAUACCUAGACACAGGCACCAUCAAGCAGCCCAUCAAUAACUACAGUCCAAGAUCUAUUCCAGCCCCAGCAAUCGGCAUUGUACCAGCACUCUCCCCAGCAAGCAACUAUGACGCUGGGUGUCCCAGUCCUUGGGAUGAUCUUCCCGUCUCAACUCCCAUAAUACAGGAGACACUUGAGUCGGAUGAGGCGAGCAAGGAGCUUAGCCGUACCAAAAGGACUUAUCGUUCCCGCCGCCGUGGAUCCAAAAUCAAGGACAGGGACAGCGAAAGUUACGGAACCUUCAAAUGCGAAUGGAAGGAUUGUCAAUAUGACCGUCUGUUCUCGCGCAAAGGAGUGCUUAUGCGGCACAUCGAGACUCAACAUGUCAAUCCACGGGCUUUCAAGUGUCCCAAUCCCAGGUGUAAUCAUGCUUCGAGUCGACGGGAGAAUUUGAAAGCGCAUAGACAAUCGGUUCACAAGGAAAUCUUGUAA